AUUCUAGGACUGGAUAACGGAGAGAGAUUGAGUCUGUGAUCGUGUGUGAAGCGAGGCAGUGGCGAUCAAACAUACUUUGGUGGCGUUAGAGGGACAUCGAGCUUCAUCCCUCCCUCCCGCAGCUCCGCAAAGAGGGUGUGUGUGUUUGUGGAAGAAAAAAAAAGUUAGGCAGAAACUUUCUCUGUGCUAGGGAUGGCGCCCCUGGUCGCCUUCCUCCUGUCCUUAAACCUAUUGGAGCUGAUCCAUCGAGCCAGCGGGGUGACGAUCAUAUCUUCAGAUAAGGACGUGGAAGUCAACGAAUUUGAUACGGCGACACUGCCGUGUGAUUACGUGUUGGAGACGGCCUCGCAAGCUCGGCUGGAGUGGAAGCGCAUCGCCGGGGAACACAUCUCCUUCGUCUACUUCGAUGGACGGAUCGUGGAGAAUUACAGGGAGCGUGCGACCAUGCAGGGGCAGAGUAUUGUGCUCCAGAGGGUGACCAGGGCCGACACUGCCACGUACCGCUGUGAGGUGACCGCCAAGCAGGACUCCAAGAUCUUUGCCGAGAUCUCCUUCAAGCUGGUGGUGCUGGUGCCGCCGGCCACGCCCACGUGCAAGGUGCCGAGCUCGGCGAUGUCCGGAUCGACGGUGGAGCUGGUGUGCAAGGAGAGUGAGGGCUCACCCCCCUCCGUCUACACCUGGUACAAGGACAACGUGGUCCUCAUGGACGUCUCGGCCAAGGAUUCCACCGCAAACAACGUCUCGUACACCCUGAACCGCAGCGCCGGCACUCUGAGGUUUAACCCGGUGAGGAAGAGCAACAGCGGCACCUACUACUGCGAGGCCCACAACAAGGUGGGGCGGUCAGAGCGAUGCUCCCUCAAGUUCAUGCAGAUCAGCGACCUGGAUGUGACUGCGAUCGUCAUUGCCGUGGUAACCAUCACCCUGGUGCUGCUGCUGUGCGGCCUGGGCCUGUGUUACGCCUGCAGGAGGGGCUACCUGGGCAAGAGACGAUCGGCCAAGUCCAAUGCAGCCACUCGCACCAACACCCCUCCUGCGGCUGAGGACUUCAAACACACCAAGUCUUUUGUCAUCUGACGGCAAAUGAAGAACGGCACGUCGGUGAAGAAUUCCGAAACCACUUCUCCAAUCCCUAAAGAAUAUUGUAUUUUGGACAAGGGGGGGUGGGGGGGGGGGGUGAGUAGAUGUUGAGUUUGUUCCUUCGAUUCCUGUCUUUGACAUCUCCCUGAAUUCCUUCCUUGUACCUUUUAAUGGCUGUGCCUUCAGCUGCCGGUGCCCAGAGGUGGAGACUUUCCCUCUUGGUACCAACAAAAACCUGCCCGAAAACCUUGUCUGCUUCAUCGCCGGCCCCUGUCACGCCACGCUCGCCCAUUGUACCGUAAGGUAUUGUCCGACUGUUUACAAUAUUAGUGGCCAACUAGCUUAUGCACAUACUUGGCUGUUGACACUGACAGGAAUAAAAAAUUUUUUAAAAAAAAGAUGCAAUGUUGACUUUGAUGCGCAGGAAGGAACUGCAGGUGCUGGCUUAAACUGAAGAUAGACACCAAAUGCUGGAGUAACUCAGCGGGACAAAACAUCUCUGGAGGGAAGGAAUGGGGUGACGUUGGUUCUCGAUCCGAAAAACGUCACCCACUCCUUCUCUCCAGAGACGUUGCCCGCCCCGCUGAGUUACUCCACGAUCUUGUGUCCAUCGGACGUUGACCCUCACGGCACACGGAGGAUCUGCCUCGCCGAUUUUCAAGCAGUCUCCAGGUUUCAGUUUGGUUUCGAGACACAGCGCGGAAACAGGCCCUCUCCAACUUUACACUUCAGAGAUACAGAGUGGGAACAGGCUUGAGUCAGCACCGACCAGCGAUCACCCACUAUACAAGGUCUAUCCUGCACACUAGAGACAAUUAACCUCCAAUCCUGUCGCAAAGGACUGCUGAUGCUGGUUUAUACCGAAUAUAGACACAAAAUGGUGGGGUAACUCAGCUGGUCAGGCAGCAUCUCUGGAGAAAAGGAAUAGGUGCCAUUUUGGGUCUGAAGAAGGUCCUUUACUCGAAACGCCGCCUAUUUUCUCUCUAGAGAUGCUGCCAGCAUUUUGAGUUACUCCAGCAUUUUGUGUCCACCUAUAAACUUGUACUUCUUUGAGUGGGGAGAGUGGGAGGAAAUAGGAGCACCCGGGGAUAACCCACGCGGGUCGCAGGAGAACGUACAGACAGCGCCCGUAGUCAGGAUUGAACCAUGUUCUCCAGAGACGCUGCCUGACCAGCUGAGUCACUCCAGCACUUUGUGUCCUUUGACCACACUGCGAUAUUCCCUAAACCAGGGGUCGGCAACUUACGGCCCCCGGGCCGAAUGCGGCCCGUAACCCAAAAUCAUCCGGCCCCCGCAGGCGUUGUUUUUUUCCCAGUGAUUAUCCGGCCCACAGACUUCCAUCAUCUCCGGUACCUCCCGGGCCCGAGGCUGCGGCGUCCAGGCGCGGUGACGCAAGGCGUAAGGAGGCCUGUGCUGGGGGCGCAAUGGCGGAGCUGCCAAGCGCGGCCGAGCACCGACUGUACCGCAUCCUGCGCAAUGGCGCCAGCACGGCCGCGCACCUUCUGUGACCCGGGGCGGGAUCCAUGUGAUAGAUGUGGCCCGCCAUCCGCUCACAGACAUGCGUCCCGGCCCCCUAUGCAGAAUAAGGUUGCCGAUCCCUGCCCUAAACGGUGCAUAAGAAAUAUAUAUCUUUCUUUUUUAAAUAGCAAAAUAAAAUGGUAAGAAAGCUGGUGAGAGGCAAGAUUGUGAUGUUCAUAAAUGAUAAGAGAAUUAGGCCAUUCGGCCCACUCUGCCAUUCAAUCAUGGCUGGUCUAUCUCUUCCCCCCAUUCUCCUGCCUUCUCCCCGUAGCCCCUGGCACCCUUUCCAAAGCCUCCACACCCUUCCUGUAUUGGGGGGCACCGGAACUGCAUGUAAUACUCCAAAUGCUCUGUUCCACUGCCUGUUCAUGAUCACCAAUAUCUCACCACGCAUAAGUUCCUGAUUUCUAUUUACAUGGCGAUUUUCUCCACUGCCAGAAAUUAUACAGAUGUGAUUUAUUAUUGACUUUUAAGUCUCCCAUUUGUAUUUACAGAAAACCAUGAGAUUGUGCAAUGGUCUUUGAGUGCAUCAGUAUGAGAAAGAUUAGUAAGAUGGCCUAGGAACAGAACAGAACAGUCCCAGCGCAGCAGUAGAGUUGCUGCCUCACAGCGCCAGAGACCCGGGUUCGAUCCUGACUACGGGUGCUGCCUGUACGGAGUUUGCACGUUCUCCCCGUGACCAGCGUGGGUCUUCCCUUGGUGCUCUGGUUUCCUCCCACACUCCAAAGACGUGCAGGUUUGUAGGUUGAUUUGGCUUCAUUAAAAAUUGUAAAUUGUCCCCAGUGUGUGUAGGAUAGUAUUAGUGUGCGGGGAUCGCUGGUCGGCGCGGACUCGGUGGGCCGAAGGGCCUGAUUCCGCACUGUCUCUCUAAACUAAACUUCUUCUUCUUGCGUAAGGUAUGCGCAGCCUAAAGUUGUAAGUCAAGUUGUUCUAUUUAAUGGUAGACAAAAUUGCUGGAGAAACUCAGCGGGUGCGGCAGCAUGUAUGGAGCGAAGGAAAUAGACAACGUUUCGGCCCGAAACGUUGCCUAUUUCCUUUGCUCCAUAGAUGCCGAGUUUCUCCAGCAAUUUUGUCUACCUUCGAUUCUCCAGCAUCUGCAGUUCCUUCUUGAACAUUGUUCCAUUGAAUCUUGUUUGUGAUAUCUGGAUGAUUGCAUUAGUCGAAACCAGGCGGACCACGUGAAGGUUGCAACCUCCCACCCAUCUAAACUAACACUAAGCCAAAAGAAAUAUCCACAGUAUCAGUAUUAAAAGGAAUACUCGUCAGUAUUUAUAGGGAGACUCCCAGAAUGUACCACUAUUUCCAGGGGGGGGGGGGGGGGGGGGGGGGCGCUUUGCAAAUUUAAAGGGAAAAUCCCUCAGAAGUGUCAGUAUUUGCACGCAGGUCCCCAGGAUGAAGCGCGAUUUGAUUUAUUCAGUACAAGAGAGCUCGGAUAUAUGCAAGUACAUACAGGAGGAUUGUCAGUAUUUACAGAGGUACCCACACUGCAGAAUUCAAAUGUUUCUUCUCUGAAUCCUUCAACAAAGUGCCUGCCUUGUAUAUUUCCCGCAUUUUCUCCUUUUGAUUGUAUUAAAUAAAAAGUAUUUGAAUGCAAGCGCCAGUUUUAGGUGUUUUGGGCUGCGUAACUUGAAAAUGAAGUAAAUUAUGUUGCUGUGCAUAGUACCUAACAGUAUUUUUUAAAAAGGUAAUGUAAAGCACCUCUUGCAAUUUUAACAAUGUUUAUCUGCUAAUCACUUAACUCAUCAAGUUGACUUUUAAACCUACUGUACCAUUUGACACGUUUUUUUCUAACACAAAUUAAACUGUAUGUGGAACUUGG